AUGACGACGUGCCGUCUGCUGUGCGCCCUGUUGGUGCUCGCCCUGUGCUGCCGCCCGUUCGUAUGCGCGGCUGAUACUGUUGAAGACGAAUCUGCCAGCUCGAUUUCGUUGUCCUCUCACUCCGAAGAGGAAGACGAUGCCGAUCUGAGUCAGGAUUUAGGUACGGACACUCAUGCGGGACCGGAAAAUGAGAGGACCGGUGAGGAAGGUUUACAAAAUGAGGAGUCUGCCCCCCCAAAGGGUAAAGAGGACAGCGUUGAGUUGCAGACACCAAAUACAACCACUACGACCACUACGACAAAGGCGCCAACCACUACGACCACUACGACAAAGGCACCCACUACGACUACUACGACAAAGGCACCAACCACUACGACCACUACGACAAAGGCACCCACUACGACUACAGAGGCGCCAAUUAUUACGACUACUGAAGCCCCAGAUAAUAAGACGAAGCUCAAACAGCCACGUCUCCGCGAAAUCGAUGGCAGCCUCAGCAGCUCUGCGUGGGUGUGUUCCCCGCUGCUGCUCGCCGCAUGCGCGCUGGCGUACACCGCUGUGGGCUGA